UUUUUUGUCAACUCCUGGUGUUACGGUGUGGUUCCUCCCCCUCACCAAACAUUUGAAAAUUUUCUCAAACAAGCACCUAAUUUCUCGUACCAAAUUCACAAAAUCCCCCAUUUCUCUAUCCAAUUCUUACAACAAAAAUGGAAUCAAAGCGUCAAUUGAUUGAUUCCCUCACCUCCCACAUCUCUCUAUACAAUUCCAACUCACCAUCUUCAUCAUCAAACCCUAACCCUAACCCGAGAUCCUCAAUUCUCAAAUGGUUCUCAUCACUCACACCUCACGAAAGACAAUCCCACCUCACUAUCGUCGACAAAUCAUUCACACAACUUCUAAUCCAAAUGCAAUUCAAACUCAAAGAUCAUGGUCAUGGUUCUUUCAUCAUCCUCCCUGACAUCCCCUCGUCUUCAUCAAACCCUAACAUCCCCAGUUUCUGUUUCCGGAAAUCCCAUGGGCUGCUAAAGAGAAUUAGCCAGGUUUCGAAGCCUGAGCGGUCUAUUCGUGAAUCGGUACAGUUGUUUGAUUCGAAAGAAGGUGAAAACUUUGGUUCUUGCUGUUCUACCUCUUUAGAUUCUGUUACGGUUAGUAGAGAUUUUGUUCAAAAUGUGGAUACGUUUGUUGAGGCUAUGGAUGGGGUUUCAAAUGACGAGUUUUUGAGAGGGGAGGAGAGUGUGUUGUCGGGAUCAUUGGAUUGGAUGGAGUUUAAUUGGUUAAAGGCGAAAGGGUAUUAUAGUGUGGAGGCGUUUGUGGCCAAUAGAUUGGAGUUGGCUUUGAGAUUGUCAUGGUUGCAUUUGAAUAUUGGAAAGAAGAGAGGUGUGAAAUUGAAAGAGAAGUCUAUUUGUGCAGUUGCAGGUGUGGCAGCAAAUGCUUAUUGGAGGAAGAAAGGGUGUGUGGAUUGGUGGAUGAAGUUGGAUGAUCAAAUGAAGAACAAAGUUUUUCGAACUGUGUUGGGAAAAGCUACAAGAUUUCUGACUCAGGAAAUUCUAAAUGGAAGAAGUAGUGGUGUUGAAGAUGACUUGAAGACCAUUAAUGGAGGAGAUAAUGAUAAACAAUCCUCAAGAUACAAGCAUCCUCUAUUUAUCUCUCAACAUGAUAAAUUAUCAUCUUCAAUAUCUCAUAAAUUAAAUCACCUUUUACUUGUUUGCGAGAUUUCAACUAUGAUACAAGCAUUUGAGCAUAGUCAAUUUGAUGAAGGAGUACUUUUCUUUACCUCAUUGGGUUCCAUUAAUACAAUUUCUGAUUGCAUAUUAAGAAGAAUACGAGGUUUGCUCAUGGUGGUUUCACUUGAUUUCACAAAACUUGAGCUCCUUGAAGAUUUUGGGUCAACAAAGUCAACCAAGAAUCCAGAACCAAAACUUGUUUCUAGUAAAAAAGGGAAGGUUAAAAAACAGAUUCCUGUUCAAAGAUCUUUCAAGAGUAAUUCCAUUCCUGAGAAGCCUUCCAAGGAUGAUGGAGAUAAAUUGGGUAGUAUACUUCAUGAAAAGGUUAUUGAAAAAGAGACUCUAUCCACACCUGAAAUGGUUGUUAAUGUAACAGUUCAAACCACCUCAAAGAAAGGCAAAAGAGCAAGAAAGAAACAUAAAAAAGAUGGCAUAAUUGUAAAUAACCCCACCAAAAGCAUCGUUUCCCAAACUACCCCUUCAAAACCCGUUUCAUCACCCGUUUCUCAAGACCCGAAAUUGGUACCCGAAAUUCCAGACACCAAAAUUACACCAAAUGCCAUUCUCACUGAUGACAAUUCAACAGAAGCUAUCAAUUCUUCCAAUGUAUCACCUCUUGAGAAAGUGAAAGAAAAGACUAAAAUUACAAAAAAAGAAGAAAAAACCAGUUGUCAAUGUUAUCCAUGGUGGAAGUGGAAUAGUCAACUCUUCUAG